AUGACAACAAUGUGGACAAAAAUAUUUCUGAGUCCCUCAGCUAAAGCUCCUACCGACGAGCAAUGGAAUAGCAAUUCUGAAAAGUAUUUUGGUCUGGAAAAUAUACUUUAUUUCUGUAAACCAUUUCGAGAAUGUGUAAUAAACUAUCCAACAAGUCCACAACCAUCGCCAACUUUAUUAACAAUGGCAAACGGAGCUUCUGUCGCGACAAAUGGGACUGAAGUCAAAGUGAACGGGGAAGCAUCUUCGAGUGCCAGCGCGGGAAUGGAAGACUCACUGUUUGGCGCUUUAAAAGAUUUAUUUAUCAAAAUAAACGGGCAGAAAAAACGAAGCGGUGUGGUUGCACCUCACCAAUUUGUCGCAAAACUGAAAAGUUCGCAUGUUCAAUUUCAGUCGACAAUGCAUCAAGAUGCACAUGAAUUUUUUAAUUGGAUUCUGAAUGCUAUAAUAGAGCAACAGAAAAAGAUGGAAGCAAUGGAACAAGCAGAUACAACUGACGGCUCAUCAACGGGUGGAAGUUCGACAGGUGGAACGAAUACAUGGGUGCAUAAGAUAUUUGAAGGUGUAUUGACAAACGAGAUAAAAUGUCUAACAUGUGAGACGGUUACAAGUAAAGACGAAACAUUUUUCGAACUACCGCUUAACAUAGAACAGAACUCGUCAGUGACAUCGUGUUUACGUAAAUUCUCUGCAAGUGAGAUGCUUCGCCACAGAGAUAAAUUCUUUUGUGAUGCAUGUUGUGGCUUACAGGAAGCAGAGAAAAGAAUGAAAAUUAAGAAGCUGCCCAAUGUUUUGGCUCUCCAUCUUAAGCGUUUCAAGGUUCAAGAAUUUCAAGAUAAACUAAAGAAAGUUAUAAAAUUGUCAUACAGAGUUGUAUUCCCGUUUGAACUCCGCUUGUUUAAUACGUGCGACGAUACAGAAAACCCUGAUCGACUAUAUGAAUUAUAUGCCGUUUGUGUGCAUAUCGGAAGUGGCCUACAGCAUGGACAUUAUGUAGCAUUAAUAAAGAACAUGGGGCAAUGGCGACUAUUCGAUGAUGACGCAGUAGAGAUUAUAGAUGAAGAAGAAAUACAAAAAUACUCGACAGUCAAGGGAUCAGGUUACAUGCUCUUUUAUCAAGCCGUAGAUUUGGAUUAUGCAUCUCUUGGCUUACAGACACCUGAUGCACAAGCUCUAUCUUCCGAAUUUGAACUGUCAGAGCAAUCAAAUGCUCGAGAGCCGCCCCCGUCACCAGCAAUGACGAACGGCACUGUGGAAACUAUUAGUACGAAUGGCACAACCCUCGUUUCAUCUGCAUCGUCAGUAAUAUCCACAUCUACGGUAACGUUCGCUUCUACGAAUGAACCAUCUACCCCAGCACAAUCUCAUGAAGAAAGACAUCAGCCGCCUGUUAGAGAGAAUUCAUCGACAUUUGCAGAGUGGAGUAAUGCAUUACUGUCUACUCGUCGACGGAAAGAUCACAACACGCCUGAUCGUCGUAAAUCACAUGAUAAAAAGGAAGACGAUGAUAAAAAAAGGUCGUCGCAGUUAGAUCCUGUACCUGAGGUAAAAGGAGGGAAAGAGGGCGGGCCAAGUAAGAAAGAUAAAAAGAUCGAGAAAGAAGAGAAGAAAAAGGAGAAGAAACAAAGACUUUCAGAGAAGUAUAAGUUUAGUACCAAUAUUAUCAAUGGUAAUGCCUAUCAGGCCAAGCCUGCAUCGACAUGA